AUGGGUCAGUCAGUCUCCUCUUCGCAGGCAAACCCUUCAAAUGACGAAGGCAUCGUCGAUGCCGCCGAACGUCACGAGCCUCGUUGUGCUGGUAGAGCAAAUCCGCUCGCCAGGAAGAUGCAGGACGAGCUUUACACCCCGAACUUUCCUCCUUUGGCGUCAGGCGCUGGGACUGCUGGCGUGGACAGUUCCACAUGCGCGGUUGGCUCUCACGGCAAUGCGAGCGAUUCGGCUGCGGCGAUUCCUAUUUUCUGCCUCGACGCAUCGGAGCAGAACAUGUGCCAGUUAUUCAAGUGGCUGGAGCUGCCUCCAGCGCAGCGUGCCAAGGUCCUUCAAGAGGUAUCGAAGAACGUCUGUGGUGUUCUCCUGCACGCUCCCGCCACCACAAGCGUGGGUGAUCUGAGGCAGUUCCUUCUGGGACAGUGUCCUCUGCGUCAGCGCACACCAGACAAGAGUGCCUUGUCGCCUCAUUUGCUUGCCAUUCGCGAUCCGUUUCUUUCCUCCGCUGGUGGUGCUGCGGCUAAUGGCACACCGUCUGGCAGCUCUGCGAAAGCCUUCUCCAACUCGCUGCUGACGCUACCAGACUCGAUGGUGCUGUCCACUCUGAGCAUGAACAAGCAGCUUUUCUUUUUGCCUGGGGUGGGGGCUAGUGAAGCUGACUGCAACCAGCUCGCCACAGGUCAUGCCAGCGUCGGCGCCGCUGACUCCUACCCGGCUGCGCUGGGACGAGAAGAUGCGGAGGCCGAGAAGGCAGCGGCUGCGAGUCCCUCAGCCUGCGCUGAUGACGUUUCCACUGCGGGGCGCGCACUAGUGCUGCUCUACUCCUAUGAGCCAAGCUUCGGCAUUGACUGCGACGACAUUCUACUGCUUGGGUGCUGUGCUUCCCUCUGCGCCUGCAUUGCGGCUAGCAUCUGCUGCUGUAUGAAUGCCCAGAAAGAUAGGUCACCCAGCAACGUUGACACGAUGCCCAGCAGUAACAACGGCGGCAAUGGUGUGCCCAAUUACUACAACCCUGGCAACGGCACCUCUUACAACGCACCACCACCGCCACCGCCGCAACCGCCGCUGAACUACUACGAGGCGCCCGGGUACGACAUGCCGCCGAAUACAUACCCAAGCGCCAAUCCGUACCCGGUGUAUCAGCCGCAGAGUCUGUAG